CGCUCCAUUUUUAAAUGUUUUUCGCGUAAUUUCCCCAAAAUUUCUACGUAAAUUUCUCGUUCAAACUGACAAUUGCAACAAUGGAGUGUUAUUUCGCCGGAGGUCGUCGACGAUCAUCGGGAUUUUCGACAGUUUCUUCCUGUUUUACUGCCGACAGCGGUAUCAGCGUCUCAUCAACCCCAUUUCCUGGAAUUGGUGAAUCCAAUUCAGAGGUAUUUGUCUCAAAGGCGAGCGGCAACGGAUAUCCAAUUGUCCAAACGAAUGGCUGCAAGAGCUUCGGACCUCCCUUAAACUUUGUCGGACCCGAACCGGGUCCCGAAUGCGAAUUGUACAUCAAAGAUUUCCCGAAGGAUUUCCAGGAAUUUCAAUUAAUUCCGCAUUUUGAGCGUUUCGGCGAGAUUUAUGACUUUCGCUUGAUGAUGGACUACGACAACAACAAUCGGGGCUACGCUUAUAUCCGAUAUCAGCAGAAGGAAGCUGCAAGUGCCGCACUCGAGGUGAUGAAAAAUUACCUUUUACCGAACGGAAGUGCAUUGCAAGUGCAGAAAUCCUACAACAAAUGUCGACUUUUUGUGAGUAAUUUGCCGAAAGAUGUACCGCAAGAGACAAUUAAGUCGCUUUUUCAUCAAUUGUUUCCGCAAAUGAGCGAGAUGACCAUCAAUAUGAACUCGCAGAACAGCAGCGCUUACGGAUUUUUGGAGUUUCCGGACCACAAAACGGCAUUAGAAGCCAAAAUGUUGUCGUCUCCGGGCGUUUUGGACCUUUUUGGGCGUCAAAUUAAGAUUGUUUGGGCAUUUCCCGAAGCAAAUACUUCCAAAAAUGGCGACGGCAUCAAGACACUUUUCAUCCGUCACAUCGGCCUAAGUGUCAACACACUCGACAUUCGUCACUUUUUAUUGAAUGCCGUGCCCGCAAAAGCCAUUCGGAACAUCUCGCCCGUACGUGAUUUUGCCUUUGUCGACUUUGCCACGCACGAAGCCGCCAAAAAGGUCAAGGAAGAACUCAAUGGCAAAGUAAUCAGCAAGAAUCCAAUCGAAAUAGAAUUUGCUCGUCCGCCAUCCGAAGACUCCAUUCACAAUCUCAAACAAACGGAUUUCGAUCAAAAGUUGCGCUUAAAGUGCAUCGCCAACUACUGGGAAAUGCCAAUUUACGUCUUUGGUCGCGAUUACGAGAAUAAACGCGUGCAAAAUGCCGUUGUCAUCAUCAAAUCUGGCGGGAAUCCGUUUUACUACUUUUUUGAAGUAAAUUAUACGGAUUUGGUGGAUAUCCAGUCGCGCAUUGCUGAAGUCAUUAUUCACAUGAUUGAUAAGUUUUCGCAUUUGCCGGUCGAGAAUCUUGUGAUUAAAGUUGAGAAGGACUUUUUUACUGUCGUUGCCUUCAUGAAGAACAUGAAAACAUCUCCGACCCUCAUUCCGUGCUACUCGUUCCCCAACGUCGCCAUUCACUUUGAAGAAAUCCUGGAUUUGGCAUUGAUGGCCAACAUUCUGGGCACUUCCGACUUGGAUCAGCUUUUCAAGACGUACGAAGCAAACAUCACAAAACCCGUAAACACCGCCUUCGUCGACAACUUGAUCGUAAACGGCCGCAAUCUCGGUUGCAUUCCUCCCCGUUAUCCCGACGCCUCGUUUCCGGCAAUUUUGAAGAAUCAAGAAAUGACGUUCGUGCUGUGCUGCGCUUACUACUACAACAACGUCAACUUUUUGAACAAGGGCCCGCACGAAUAUCGUUUGCAGCAAUUUUUCAGCAACGGCGUCAUUUGUCAGCACAUUUACCUGAUCUCGCCGCACUUGUUGCCGCUGCGUUUCGUGCAAAGUAAACGCAAUGCCGGGCAAAGUCAAGGUCACGUGGUCUACGGAAAACUCGUUUCGCUGCUUCAAACGCAACAACAUUUGCCAUUUUUGCGUCAACCGUGGUUCUGGAUGCCAAAUACACUUCCAACGGCACCGAUUAUCACUCCUGUUGCCCUCGCACCGCAACCAUCGACGUUCUUCAAUAACAUGCCGCCGUCGCAGCAGUAAUGCGUUUAGUAUCAACGCAACUUUUGACCCUCUUUUUUAUUAUGUUUAACUUUUUUUAAAGACAACUUUUAUACUUUUUGUCUGUUUUUUUGUAUGCUAAAACGCAUGCAACGACCUUGAUAAUUUUUUUUUAUGCAAAAAUCGUUCAUUUGUAACGCGAGAUGAUUAUUUUUUAAGGAAAAAAGUUUACUUUUUUGACUAAAAACGUCACGAAAAGACGUAAAAAAUUAUUUUUUGUGUA